AUGGUACAUAUCAGCUCCGAGAUCGAAAUAAACCGACCCCCUGCCGAUGUCCGAGCCGUGGUCCUCGACUUCCCCAACUGGCCUCAAUGGCUCAAGACCGGGCUCCUCCUCAGGCCGCUCGACACGACCAAGCCCGGGACAGCUCUAAGGCGCGGAGACAAGCUCCACAGCGACUUCGAGGGCAUCGUCGUGAAGCCCGUAGUGGUGGAAAACACACCCGCAACCUUCCAAUGGCGGGGAUCCUUCCACGGCCUGAUCAAGGGGCAUCACAGCGUCUUCUUCAAGGACAGCGAGAAGACGCUCGGCGGAACGACGCUCGUGCACAGCGAGGAGGUCAAGGGCGUGCUGGCUUUCAUGUUCAGGAAGAAGGCUAAGCAGGGCAAGGUUACCCAGGAGGCCAUCAGGGGGUUCAACAGGGAUCUGAAGGCAAGGGCUGAGGCGCUCUGA